AUGGAGGUUGGCUUCCAUAAACAUGGUCAUUGUGAUGGAAACAGUAUCAGCAGUCACACCUCAGCCCGGCAUUCUACAUCCUCUUUAGCAUAUCAAUUCAAUAUCAAUGAGAUGAUAAGUUAUGUCCUGGGUGUGAACAUUCUCUUUAUAGUCUACAGACAUUGUCCAGGAAAACCAAAGUCUGCCAUGGAAGUAUUUGGGAAUAUGGAGAAAAGGGUGGUAGAUUUAGAGGAAGUUUCCAGUUUCCACCAAGGAACACCUGGGAUAGACUUAGAAAACAAUUUUAAACAGUUGAAACAUCUCAUGGAAAAACAAAUUAAGAUUUGGUGGGAGGACACUAUGGCCUCUGUUGUUGAUGAUGUGGAAGGACUUCUGGAUAGAAUGGCCGCCUUCUUUUCCCAAGGGCUGCAGAAUGUAGACUUAGAGGAGCACUUCUUUAAUGUGAAGGAACUUGGAGAAGGAGGCUAUGGAAGAGUAUUAUCGGCAAACGAAAAGAUAACAGGUCAAACCAUGGCAUUGAAGAUUAUGGAUAAAAAAAGAACCAGACAGCAGUCUUUCCUCCAGGAGUUUAGCAUUUCAUACUUACUUUCUUCUCAUCCCAAUAUCAUCGGAUGUAAUGGCAUCGCCUUCACCACCAUCAACUACUUUGCCUUUGCCCAAGAACUGGCCCCUGUUGGUGAUCUAUCCUCCAUAAUUUUACCACACGUGGGAAUCCCAGAAGAUGCAGUCAAGAGGUGUUCUGUACAGAUCUCCAAUGCUCUUGAAUUCAUGUCCGAGAAAGGACUUGUUCAUAUGGAUUUAAAGCCAGAAAACAUUUUAGUGUUUGACCAGGACUGUCACUCCAUCAAGAUCACAGACUUUGGCCUUGCUAAAGUCAGAGGGACAGUGAUAACCUCCGGGUGUGGCAGCAAAUCUUACAUGGCCCCAGAAUUGGGUGACAUAACCGUCUCAGAUGGACUGGUUGUAGAUGGAAGCAUGGAUGUGUGGUCAUUUGGUCUCAACAUCUACUGCCUACUCACAGGGGAGUUUCCAUGGCAGGUGGCCACCCUUGAUGAUGAAGGAUAUAAAUGUUUUGUUGACUGGCAGAACAAUUUUCAUAUGGACAACCCUCCUGAAGCAUGGAGAAAGAUUCCCACUGAGAUACGAAGAAUGUUUAUCGAUCUUUUGGCCAUUGACUAUAUGAAAAGAAGUAAAGCUACAGAAAUUCUGAAAUAUGUGAGUGAAAGCUGGAAGGAAGAAUCUCCAGAUGCAGCCACAGGACAAGAAGAUGAGGAUCCCAUGAAAAGCAGUUCUGUACAAUCUGAGGAAUCCAUGACUUCUGACCUGAACACCUCACAGGGUAGUGUUUCCAUCACAUCCUUGUCUUAUCUUUUGACCACAGACUCUUCUAGAUCUCAGUCUGAGAUGAGCCCAGAGCCACAGAAGGACAACAUGGAAGAGGCACUUAUCAUAUUUGAUGAUGAAUUUUCAUUACACGUUGGUGCAGAGGUAGACAUUGAAUGA